AUGUUCGUCUCCUCCGGAGCUGGCGACACCGAGGCAGCCUGGAGGCAGGCGGCCAAGGUGAUGGCGGACGUCGGCCUGCCCUUGCACGAGGUGGAGGACGGCCAGAGCUUCGUGGAGCCGCCAGGGCUCGAGCUGGUUAGGAUCAAUCUCAGGGCCGGGCUGGCGCGUGGCAGGCGCUGCCGCUUUGGCCUGGGCGCGCAGGCGCUGCUGAGGCGCAGGCGUGUCGCGGGUCGCGAGGUGGAGAACUUGAUCGGCCACUUCACGCACGCCAUGCUGCUCAACAGGCCGGCGCUGUGCGUGUUCAGGGCCGCCUGCGACUACGCGAGGAAGCACUGCCGCAACCUUGCGCCGCUGUGGGCUUCGGUGCGCCAGGAGCUCACCACUACCAUGCACCUGCUGUCGCUGCUGGCCGUCCAAUUCGACCUGCCGUUGUCCGGGCGCGUGACGUGUUCGGGUGCAACGCCCAGGGGCUUUAUGCAGUGCAGGUGGCAGACGUGGAGCCCGUGGUCGUACGCAAGAUAG